CGUUGGUGUUGAUAAGUCGACUGAGAAGCGGGCUUGGUUCUUUAUCCGGCCUGAUUCCAAUAGCAACGAGCAAGACCAAGGGAGAUCAGUGAGAUACUGUCUUCUGCCGCUCGUUUCCCCCCUCGGUGCAAUUGACUUUCUCUUCCUUUAUCUGAAUGUACACCCUGGGUUGAACGGUCCUUUCAUUUAAUUUUGAUGGCAUAUUGCACAAAGAUAUCACUGCAACUCGUCAAGUAUGGAUGGGUUUAAUACAGAAGCUUUCACCCUGUUGGGCGUAGCCAUUGUCAUCAUUGGCCUACGAACGACUGCAAGAUGGAUUAUGGUUGGCCCAAAAGAGUUCCAAGCUGAUGAUUAUCUAAUGUUGGUGGCAUGUGUGGUGUAUGGGCUAGAAACCGGUGCUGCGUACAUGGUCGGCGCGUGGUUCAUGGGCCUUGCCAAUAACUCGAUGACGGAUGAACAACGAAAAAAAUUGUCGCCUGAUUCAGAAGAGUAUCAUCUGCGUGUGGGUGGCUCCAAGGUCCAGGUGGCCGGCUGGUCAUUAUACACUCUGUUAUUAUGGUUGCUGAAAACGUGCAUGGCCAUUUUCUACUCUCGAUUGACCGCAGGCUUAGUGAAUAUGCGAAUCCGAAUUCAUGUCGCCUACGUUCUGAUCGCCGCAACUUAUAUUGCUACGAUCUGUUCGAUUCUCUUCGGAUGUUAUCCAAUGGACAAAAAUUGGCAAAUAUAUCCAAACCCUGGAAAUUACUGUCAGCCUGCCGUCUCUAAGAUUGACAUCUACGUGACCGUGGUACUUAAUGUCGCGACCGACCUCUAUCUCAUUAGUAUUCCAGCACCGAUGCUUGUCAAAGCCCGCCUAAGAUGGCGGGAAAAGCUCGAGCUCCUGAUUUUGUUUAGUGGUGGUCUGUUCGUUAUGAUGGCUGGUAUUCUGCGCUGUGUUCUCAUCUUAACAGCUGGCGCAAAUGGGGCUCAACAAGCUGGCAGCUGGGCCUGCCGCGAGACUUUCGUCGCCGUCGUCAUCGGCAAUAUCCCCAUGAUAUACCCGUUGGUAAGACGAUUCACAAGGCGUGCCGGUCUAUACAUUACAUCAAGGGGUGGCUCCGAGAGCUACCCUGGCUACCAUCUAUCAGAUGCCGACACUGGUGGCGACGGGUAUUCCAGACGCAAGAAGUUCCGCCAUCCGCUAUCGAUUCCGGCAGACACUCAAUGGAAUACAAUUAGCGACGAGCAAAUGAUCUUACCUACCUCACGACAGCAACCGCCCACGUGCACCGCAGGCAACGACGACUGGGAGUCCCACAGCCAGAGUAGCCAGCGUGGAAUAAAGGUUGUGCAUGAAACAAUUGUUCACAGCACCGAGAAGUCUCGGCUAUAGUACGAAGAUUUUCAAUCUAAAAAUCUUGCGGACACUUUUUAUUUCCCUCAUUUUUGUUGACUCUGUGGGUAUUUGAGCGUUGGCAUGUCUUAUCAUUUCAUUUUUUUCUGUUGUAUAUAUUUUUAUACCCACUUUCGGCUCGGCUUUUGUCCUUUUUUGCGUUUCUUACGAAUCCAAAAUACAUCACGGAGGGCUACAUCCAGUUUCAUCCAAGAAGUUCGCAAUCCGACACAAUAAUACCUGAACCUGUUUCUAGAUCAAUGGAUUGUGAGACGGAUUGUCAUUUGAACACGAUCUAACUCAUGAACAUUUGUUACACAAA